AUGGUGAAUUUUUACCACCGCAAUUUACUUCACGCUGCUGCAACUCAGGUACCUCUUAAUUCAUAUUUUAUCGAUUCCCGCAAAAACGACAAGCGUGAGAUUGCUUGGAUUCCUGAAACUGUAGAAGCAUUUGAAAAAGUUAACAAUGAUUUUAUUAAUGCGACUCUGUUGGUUCAUCCACCCUUUAACGCUGAACUUCGCAUCCUUUCUGAUACAUCCGAUUUUGCUAUGGGUGCAGCUCUAGAACAGUUAUUGACUGAAAAUUUGAGUCAACAAUCCAAAGUUUCGCAACAUGUCAAACUCAUACCAGAACACUUUGUUGCACCUGAUGGUCGCUUUGACCAUGUACAUAUUGACAUUGUAGGGCAACUCCCUAAUCACAAUGGCUUCGAAUAUGUCCUCACGAUGAUCGAUCGUUUCUCAAGAGCAUUUUUCAAAUUGUGGGUAUCUCAAUAUAGUGCACCUAAAAUUUUAACUUCUGAACAAGGUUCACAAUUUGAAUCGCGUUUAUUUACGGCUUUACUAUCUUUAAUUGGUUGUCAACGAAUUCGCACGACCGCUUACCAUCCAGCGGCAAAUGGUCUAAUUGAGAGAUCGUACCGUGUUUUUAAAGCCGCUAUUAUGUGUCAUCAGGACACUGAUUGGACGCGCACGUUAUCUACGAUUUUACUCGGUCUUCGCUGUCAUGUUCGCGCUGAUACGAAUGCUUCCCCUGCAGAAUUUAAGUUUGGUACAACGCUUCGUUUGCCUGGCGAGUUUUUCCUCCUAGAAGAUUUUACUCCUGAUCCGAACAUUUUCAUCGAAGAAUUUUGCGAGUACAUGCGUUUAAUUCGUCCAGUUCCUGUAACGCACAAGCAUAAAAAACGCGCUUUACCGUACAAUGGUCCAUAUAAAGUAUUUUUGAUAUUGGAUAAAAGUGUUUUUAAUAUCGAUGUAAACGGUAAUAAACGUAGCGUUUCUGUAGAAUUAUUAAAAUCAGCUUUCUUUUUACCAGAUGAUCUCGAUAAUCUGGUUGUAAAUAGCGAUAAUCAAGGCAAUCAGCCUUCAACUAGUCAAUCUGAGUCAGAAACUUAUUCGCUGCUGACUCACAAAUAUAAAAAAGUCUUAACCAUUGAGCUUGAUUGUUCUACUUUAAUUUUAAGCAUAACUCCAGAUUUAAGUUUCACUUCUCCAUUGUAA